AUGAUUGUGUCUCCAGUCGAAAAUGAACUUCUUUUGAAAAGCGCCACCCAAUUGGCAAAGGAGAUUCGUGAGAAGAAAAUCACCUCAAAACAAGUAAUCCAAGCUUAUGUGAAUCGAUUGAAAGAAGUAAAUCCAACAAUAAACUGUGUUGCCGAGAAUUACUCGGAGAAAGCUUUGAAGAGUGCGGAAGCAGUUGAUGAAGAGAUCAGAAAUGCGAAUGAUGAACAGUUACAAAAGUUCGCAACAGAGAAACCCCUUCUCGGAGUCCCGUUCACUUGCAAAGAUAUGUGUGAAAUUGAAGGCACUACGACAACUUUUGGCGCUUGGAAAAUGAGGAAUAAUGUGAGCACGAGAACCGAUUCUAUGAUAAAGCUUUACAUGGACGCUGGAGCAAUCUGCUUGGCAAAGACUGUUGUCCCGGAAAUGUGCAUGUGGUUGGGAUCAAAUAAUGCGAUUCAUGGAGUCACGAAUAAUCCCUAUGAUUCAAGAAGAAACAGCGGCGGUUCAAGCAGCGGCGAGGGAGCGAUCAUUGCGGCGGCGGCUAGUGUGAUUGGUCUUGGCAGUGACAUUGGUGGAAGUAUUCGAAUCCCAUCGACAAUGAACGGAAUCUAUGGGUUGAAGACGAGUCCAGGCUCCUUCCCAAUCGAUGGAGGGUUCGGGAAUCCAGCUGAAGAAACAUUUGGCAUCUUUGGACCAAUGGGACGAUAUGUCGAGGAUUUGGAGACGAUUAUGAAAUGCUACAAGGACACCAAGGCUCGACCGGCUACGGAUUUCUCGGUGAAAGAGAUCUUGGUGCCGUCCGAUUACUCACUCCCAUGGGUUCCGCGAAUCAGUUCUGAGAUGCGAGAAGCAAAUAAGAACGUUGUCGACUUUUUAUUGCAAGAAUUCAAUCUUCCAUCAUCUGGAACAAUCGAUUUCAAUCCAGCUCGAAAAGAUUUCAUGAACAAUUUCCUUGCUGUUUUCAACAAUUUCGCACAAAGAAACAAGAAACCCGAGUUGACGAUGAAGGGACUUUUCUAUAUGGCUGAUGGUCCAUUCAACACCUUAACCGAGCUACCGAAAUGGCUUCUCGGUCGAUCACAUCACUCAUUAGCCUCGUGCUUUCAAAUCACUCAAUUGGAUCGAUCGUACACUGAAGAACAACUGGAUAUGUAUAUGAAAAAGUUGGACGAUCUUCGCGCUCACUAUGAUCACCUUUUGUCCACCGAUAAAGUGAUCGUGCAACCUGGAUGGCCGAGUGUCGCCGAUUGGCAUUACGCCGAGAUCUCGCAUCUCAAUUUUGCUUACACUGGAGUAGUCAACUAUUUGGGACUCCCGUCGAUCGUUUGCCCUGUUGGCCUCAACGAUGAUGGACUCCCGCUCGCCAUUCAGAUAAUCGGCCCUCGUCACAGUGAUUUCCAUUUGUUAGAGAUCGCCAAGAAAGUUCAUUCAAAGUUCGGCGGAUGGAGAGAGCCGGGAUCACAUGAAAAAGCA